UUAAAUUAAAUAAUUCUCUUUUUUUUCAAGUGCAAACAAUAUUAUGUGCAAAACCAAAUCAAAGUUCUACUCCAUCAAUACAGAGUUCAAAUAGUGCAAACAGAGUCUGACCAAGUAUCUCACUGACAACUUGGUAUUGUCCGUGUCUUAUCAGUCACUCUACUGCCAUUCAUAAUUUCCGCCGGGUAGCCAAUAUGCUGCCAAACAAAUCAUUUAAAAGUGGCGGGGGCAUCUUCGACGGUAAUACGGGUAUUUUCCGACGUCAUUCUGGCUGCCUAUGGCUGCUUCCCCUGCUUCCCCUCCUUCUCCUCCUCUUCUUCUUUUCCUUCUCCUUCGUAAGGUUCUGGCAGGCUAGACGUAUCAAAGGUGCAUUACUGCCCCUACAGGCCACAAAUAGAAGUUUGGAUAGCUCAGAAAUCUCGCGAGACAGAUUUUUAACGCAACGGGUAAUAUCGUCGAGUUUAAUCUCACGCCCCUACUGUCUAAUCAAUACUUCAUUCGGAGUCAAAGCCCUACUAUGUGAUGAAAUUAUUACUUGAUGCAAAUAAUUCUAGAUGGCUCAGCCAAAGUUUAUCAGAUGGCGGCUUAUUUUGGCAUAUACAAUUAUUGGCUGGCGGCGGCUGAAAUGCGAAAUGGCGCAAAUGGUGGCGCCUGGCGGCGGCUUCGGGGUCUAAUCUACGUGACCACAGUUUUGCGCCUGUGAUCGCAGAGCAGCAGGCUCUCGCACUGCUUGCCUCUCGAGCAACGCGAGACUGCCUAAUAUGCCAUCUUAUGCACCCUUUUUUGCGGAACGGUCCGCACGUUUACACUGCCCGAAGUAAAUUGCCUGCUUGAGCUAGAACCCCAUUUUACCCUCCUGGACCCUACACACAUUGGCGGUUUAUUGGGUUUCAUUCUGAUGUAAAUGCGACGGCUCCGUGGUUCAAGGGGGGGGGCUUUGGUAGUGGUGUUGCACUGUUUGCAAAGAGACAACGCAGCAUAUCAUCAUGAGCAGUUCUAACUGAAAAGAAAGGAAUCUGCGAGCUGCUGACCAUGUAAGAGAAUGUGAUGCAGUCGCAUUAAACAAAGAAAGAUGGUGCGAUCUACGAGAGAGACCAGAGGAACUCUGCCCUGCUAAGGCAAAAGGCAGUAACUCACCAGAGUGUGAAACUGAAAAAAAUGGCUUUAAAGUUAUCCUAAUGUCCACACAAUGUGGUUAUAGCUACAAUGUUGUAAUUUUCACAGUUUGUAGUGUAUGCCUGUCUUAGGGCCCUUACAUAGUCGACGCGAGCGACAUGCGUAAACGACGCGAGUGAUGCGAGCGUCGCGCUUCCUUUCAUAGUCUUCACAGCAUACGCGAACGUCGCGGGCGUAGUGGUGUAUUGCAUUACAUGCAAUACACCACUUACGCCACGGGCGGCAGCAGAAUCGCCAGUGUUUUCGCGGCUUAUAUUGCGGGUGACAUUCCGAGUGCCAUUCCGAUCAAAAUGUCUACGGAAGAAGAGUGCAUUUUAUUGCUCCUUUUACACCGGCAACAACAACGCAGGAAGCGCAGAGAUAGGCGGUGGUAUGUGCGCCCUUUGAAUACCACACGAGAUCGGGAUGGGGAAUUUGUUUCUCUGGUGCUUCCAAUGCGAAGCCUGGACGAGGAGAGGCAUUUCCAAUAUUUCCGUAUGUCAGCGCCAAAGUUCGAUGAUCUCCUUUCGCGAGUCAUCCGUUACCUUCCCGACUCGCACCAAAACCACCGGAACCCGAUCGGGGCUUCCCAAAGGCUUGCGGUUACCUUGAGGUACCUGGCAACCUGCAUCGGCCUGCAAGCUCUUUCGGCGAGCUACAAGAUGGGCACCAGCACUGUGUCGGGCAUCGUGGAGGAGAUGUGUUCUGCCAUCUGGGACGCCCUUCAGGGGGAGUUCAUGGCCUUUCCUUCCCGCGGUCAGUGGCAGGACAUGGCGGAGGAAUUUUGGAGGCAGUGGCAGUUUCCCCUGUGUGUCGGGGCGAUUGACGGGAAGCAUGUCAGACUCAGAGCUCCAGCACGAUCGGGAAGUGACUACUACAACUACAAAGGUUUUUUUUCAAUUGCCCUUAUGGCUGCUGCUGAUGCCAACUACAGAUUCAUUUAUGUAGAUGUCGGCGCAUACGGGCGUGAGAGCGAUGGAGGUGUCUUGGGUCGCAGUGCCUUCGGAUCCAGACUGGCAGAGGGCAACCUCAAUCUACCCGCCCCUGCUGUCCUACCAGGCACCACAACGCCCAGUCCUAAUUUUUUUCUGGGGGAUGAGGCCUUUCCCCUACAGGUGAACCUGAUGCGUCCCUAUCCAGGUUCUAACCUGCAGGAUAGGAAGCGCAUCUACAACUACCGACAGGCCAGGGCGAGACGCGUAGUGGAGAAUGCCUUUGGCAUAUUGGCUGCGCGCUUCAGAAUCUUUGGCCGUCCAAUUGACUGCCAACCUGAAAAGGCGGUGAAGAUUGUGAAGGCGUGCGUGGCUCUCCACAACUUCCUGGCAUCCACCGAACGAGCCAGAUACAUGCCCGCCUCCUUUGUGGAUACGACCGCUGACACCGGAGAGGUCCAGCCUGGAGAGUGGAGGCAGCAUGUCGAGGGGGACCGGAAUAUGGUCGACGGACCACGGUGUUCGGUCGGCAGAGCCAGACCAUCUCAAAGAGCGGCCCUUGUCAGGGAGCAGCUGGCAGAUUAUUUUCUGUCGGAUGCUGGCGUGUUUCCCCACCAGUACAAUGUGCUACGAUUGGGCACUGACCAAUAAACGUAUUGUUCACUUGGAAGCAUGACUUUUAAUUUAUUAGUUAUCACAUUACACAAGUUAACUAAUUUGGUUUACGUCAAACUCAUUAAUUCAUAUCCAUAUAAAAUGUUUAUACAACGAGCUACUGCCUUGACAGAUGAAUGAAUUAUUUAAGUGUACGCCUAUAGCCAAAGCUAUAGCGCAUAA